GCUAGCUAGGCAGCGAGCUGCAACGGUUCGCCCGGCGCACGCAUGCAGACACGGCCAAGCCGCAACGAGCCGUGCAGCUGUCAUCAAAUUUGCUGCACGCUUCUUGAGGCCCCGCCCACAACUUGUGUCCUACUUUAAACCCGCAGCUUAGCCUAAACAAACGCGCUCAUGCCCCGUCUGAUUCUCUCCGAUAGAUAAAAACACGAGACCGCCUCGUGCUCUGCCCCGCUCCCGAAGGCAGCAUCUGCCAGUACCAGCCAGCAGCAACCUCUCCCAGUCUGAUCGGUCGAUCCGCCGUCUCCCCCGCCGGUCGUCUCGCGACAGACCCAGACCGAUGAUGACGGGAGGGCCGCCGCGGCGUCCGUGCGCGGGCGCGCUUCUUCUUCCCCUCGCGGCGGCCGUCGCGGUGGUGCUGUCGUCCUGCUGCUGCCACGGCGCGUCCGCGGCAGCGUCGUUCGGCGACAACUUCGAGAUCACGGGCGCCGAGGACCACGUCAAGACCUCCGCCGACGGGCAGACCUGGUACCUGUACCUCGACAACAAGACAGGCGUCGGGUUCCAGACGAAGCAGCGCUACCUCUUCGGCUGGUUCAGCAUGAAGCUCAAGCUGGUGGGCAACGACUCCGCGGGCGUCGUCACCGCCUACUACAUGUGCUCGGACGUGGACGCGGCGCCGUUGCGCGACGAGCUGGACUUCGAGUUCCUGGGCAACCGCAGCGGGGAGCCCUACAUCAUCCAGACCAACGUGUACCACAACGGCGUCGGCGGCCGGGAGAUGCGCCACUCGCUCUGGUUCGACCCCACCGCCGACUUCCACACCUACGCCAUCCUCUGGAACCCCAAGCACAUCGUGUUCUUCGUGGACAAGGUGGCGAUCCGGGUGUACCCGAACGACGCGUCCAAGCCGGGCGGCGGCGGCGGCAGCGGCUUCUUCCCGAUCAGCAAGCCCAUGUACAUCUUCUCGAGCAUCUGGAACGCGGACGACUGGGCGACGCGCGGCGGGCUGGAGAAGACGGACUGGUCCAGGGCGCCCUUCGUGUCGUCCUACCGCGACUUCGCCGCCGACGCCUGCGCGUGGCCGGCUGCAGGCGGACCGCCGGCGUGCGCGGCGGCGACGGGGGACAGCUGGUGGGACCAGCCCCCCGCGUGGGCGCUGGACGCCGGGCAGCGCCUGGACAACGCCUGGGUGGCCAGGAACCUCCUCAUCUACGACUACUGCGACGACCGCAAGCGCUUCCCGACGCCGCCCGAGGAGUGCGCGCUCCGGGACGCCGCCGCCACCACCGCCUCGUGACGACCUCGAGCCCCUCUCUCGUCGGUCGGUCGGGACCCAAUCAUACUACUAUUGGUUGAUGAUGAUGAGAUGAUUCUUUUUUUUUUUUCUUCUUUUUUGGGUUUUGUGUUUGUAAACUGGCUGCUGCUGAUUUUUGGGGGAUAAAGGUCGGACAUUAUCGGGUUGGGCAGGCUGAGUCCGGACCUGUUUGGUUGGAGGAGAUGAGGAAUGGAUUCCAGUUUUGUACUACCAACCACCAAAGCAAAAUCUGUUUGUGUUGGCAAAGCUGCCAUUUUCCA